AACUUUCGAUCUGCUGCCCCAGUCCAGCCCCGGAGCGCUUGGUGUUGAGGGUUUUGGCUGAGGCUCAGUACGCCAUGGCAGCCAUGGCGUUGCGUGCGGUCGUGUUCGACUUGGACGGGGUCCUGGCGCUGCCAUCGGUUGCCCGAGCCCCUAGCCGCACUGAGGAGGAGUUGGCACUGCCCAGAGGCUUUCUGAAUGGAGUUUUCAAGAAAGGAGAGUUGGAUGGUUCCACCAACCGUGUCAUGAGGGGAGAGAUCACAUUUUCCCAGUGGAUAUCACUCAUAGAAGAACACUGCAGGAAACACUCUGAGGAUUCUGGAAUCACCCUCCCUGAGAAUUUCUCUGUAAGUCAAGUCCUUCGCAAGGCGAUUUCAGAAAGGAAGAUCAACCGCCCCAUGCUUCAGGCAGCUCUCGCUCUCAGAAAGAAGGGAUUGACAACCUGCAUCCUCACCAACAACUGGCUGGAUGACAGCACCCAGAGAAGCUGCUGGGCCCAGCUGAUAUGUGAACUGAAGCCACACUUUGACCUGCUGAUAGAGUCAUGUUGGAUUGGAAUGGCCAAGCCUGAUCUUCAGAUCUACAAGUUUGUGCUGGACACGUUGAAGGCCAGCCCCAAUGAGGUUGUCUUCUUGGAUGACAUCGGGUCUAAUCUGAAGCCAGCCCGUGAUUUAGGAAUGGUCACCAUCCUUGUUCACGACAGCAACGUCGCCCUGCAAGAGCUGGAGAGAGUAACCGGGAUGCAGCUUCUCGAAACAGAAGCCCCUCUCCCAGCCCCAUGCCGCCCAAGUGAUGUGAGCCAUGGGUACGUGCCAAUAAAGCCUGGGGUGCACCUGCACUUUGUGGAGCUGGGCUCCGGCCCUGCCGUGUGCCUCUGCCAUGGAUUUCCUGAGAGCUGGUUCUCUUGGAAGUAUCAGAUUCCUGCUCUGGCCCAGGCAGGUUUCCGGGUACUAGCUGUGGACCUGAAAGGCUAUGGAGAGUCGUCUGCUCCUCCUGAAAUAGAAGAAUAUUCCUUGGAAGUGUUAUGCAAGGAUAUGGUAACUUUCCUGGAUAAGUUGGGCAUCCUGCAAGCCGUGUUCAUUGGCCACGACUGGGGUGGCAUUCUGGUGUGGUCCAUGGCUCUCUUCUACCCGGAGAGAGUGAGAGCCGUGGCAAGUCUGAACACUCCCUUUAAGCCGGCAGACCCCAAUGUGCCCCUAAUGGAGAAAAUCAAAGCCAACCCUGUUUUUGAAUACCAGCUCUAUUUCCAAGAACCGGGAGUGGCCGAGGCUGAACUGGAAGAGAACCUGGAUCGCACUUUCAAAAGCAUAUUGAGAUCCCACGAUGAGUUUUUUCCCAUCUUUUACAACAUCCGUAAAACAGGAGGACUCUUAGUGAAAGCCCCCAAAGAGCCCAGCCUCAGCAAGCUCAUGUCUGAGGAGGAUAUCCAGUACUAUGUGCAGCAGUUCAAGAAGUCUGGUUUCAGGGGUCCCCUGAACUGGUAUCGGAACAUAGACAGGAACUGGAAGUGGUUCUGCAAAGGCACGGGAAGGAAGAUCCUGAUUCCAGCCCUGAUGGUGACGGCAGAAAAGGACUUUGUGCUCACUCCUGCGAUGUCCGAGCACAUGGAGGACUGGAUCCCCCGCCUGAAAAGGGGACACAUUAAGGACUGUGGACACUUCACGCAGAUAGAGAAGCCCACGGAGGUGAAUCGGAUCCUCAUUCAGUGGCUGGAAACUGAUGCCAGGGACCCACCAGGGACCUCGAAGCUUUAGGAUGUGAUGUGUGCCCUUCGGGCUGCUGCUCUCAGCACCGAGAUGGGACCCUACCGCGCCUCUCAAAACCAGCAGUCUUGUUCUGAAGGGUGAUUUUCUUUAAGUGAAGUGGUUCCAAUUCGACCUAGUUUUUAGAUACAGGAAGAAUCACGUGUGGUUAAUUCUCUGGAUACAAAUGCAUCACUUUAUGUCUCAGGAUGAUUACUGUCCUGUGGGGGGACUGAGUGGGACGGCCAGGGACUGAUUUCUUUUUGACUAACCAAUGCGUAGGUUUGGCAGCAAAAUCAGCAGUUAAUUUUGAAGCAUGUCCAUGGAAAUUGGACCUCCUUUGUUCAAUAAAACUAAGACCACUGCCACGCC